AUGGCAACAAACAACAUGCACAACCUCACGACUCUCAUCAAGCGCACGUCAGUAGCUAACCUUGAAACAAGGCUCGAAGCUGCUACAGCUAGACUUGAAGAUAUCGCUACCUCGACCAUCGAGCUCCCUCAAGCCGUCCCUUCCCUUAAUCAAUCUGUCCCAUCGCCGCCUACUGCCUCCAAUGCCUCGGCCCUUCCGCCUCCCCCGCCGCAAGCUACCGCCGCGCCCCAAGCGCCCCCUGAGCCGGUCCCCGAGUCCGUCGAGGAGUUUGACCAGUUCAUAGCUACCUCGGUCGACAAAUACGUCACGAUUAGCAAGCAGCUGGGUGGCCUCAUUGCUGACCAGGCAGCCAAAGUAUUGCAGGGUUUCCAAGCUCAGCGCAAUUUUCUACUUAUCACUACCAAGGCCAAGAAGCCGGACCUGAAUGGGGCCGAGAUGGCCGUAUACCAGGACCUCCUCAAACCCAUCAAUGAAGCUCUUGUCGCUGUCAGUAACAUCAAGGAGUCCAACCGAGGAUCGGCUGUCUUUAGCCAGCUGAGCGCUGUUGCCGAGGGCAUCAUGGUUCUCGCCUGGGUCACCGUCGAUAAUCGCCCCUAUAAGCAUGUCGAGGAUUCGUUGGGUUCGGCCCAGUUCUUCGGCAACAGAGUGUUGAAGGAGCAAAAGGACAAGGAUCUACAACAGACGGAAUGGGUCCAAGCUUUCUACCAAGUUUUUCGCGAUCUGACCGACUAUGUCAAGCAACACUUCCCCAACGGUAUCCCCUGGAAUCCCAAAGGUCAGCCUGCUCAGGAAGUCGCCAAGUCUUUGUCCGCCUCUGCCGUUGCCGCUUCCGCCCCACCUCCUCCUCCUCCGGCUGGCGGCCUGCCGCCUCCGCCCCCGCCUCCUGGGCCGCCUCCCGUGCUCGAAAUCAAGGAAGAAACCCCGGGCGGAAAGGGUGGGCUGGGCGCCGUCUUUUCUGAGCUGAACAAGGGCGAGGCUGUAACAAAGGGCCUUCGCAAGGUUGACAGAUCGGAAAUGACGCAUAAGAACCCGUCGCUCCGCGCAAGCUCAACAGUAUCUGAGCGAGAGGGAUCUGUACGCGGCAAGAGCCCUGCUCCGGGAAAGAAGCCUAAGCCGGAAAGCAUGCGCGUCAAGAAACCGCCAAAGAAGGUGCUUGAGGGCAACAAGUGGACUAUCGAAAACUUCGAAAAAGAGCCUCAACCUAUCGAGAUUGACGCAUCCAUCUCCCACUCCAUUCUGAUCAGCAAGUGCAGCAACACCACCAUCAUUGUCAAGGGCAAGGCAAAUGCCGUCACCAUCGAGAACUCGAGCCGCCUGUCGCUGAUUGUGGAGUCUCUGGUGUCCACGGUGGACGUAAUCAAGUCCCAGAACUUCGCACUACAAGUUCUUGGGGCUGUGCCAGCUGUCCUAAUGGAUUCGAUCGAUGGCGCUCAAAUCUACUUUAGUAAGGAGAGCACGGGGACCAAGAUCUACUCGAGCAAGUCUUCUGGCAUUAACCUUAAUGUUAUCUCUGGGGAAGAUGAGGACUACAAGGAAGUGCCUCUGCCGUCGCAGAUCUGCUCCUACUUCGAUGAAAGCAAGGGCGACCUCGUCAAUGAAAUCGUCUCUCACUCCGGAUGA